AUGGUGGUCAGAAUGGAAGAACAUCUCUUCUACGGAUCACUGAAGGUCUAUUGCAUUGCCUUGGAUGAGAACUACCAAGGUGCUGAUAAUGAGGUUGAUGGUACUCCAUCUCCUAAAAUCAGCAGAAGUGGACAACCGAUCAGAUAUGCUCCACCAACUGACUACCCUCUCAUCGGCUAUGAUGCACCAACCCUUAUUGAUGUUGCUGCUGGCAAGAAGCGAAAAAUGACCAGCACCAAGAAAAUGAUUCAGAAAACCCCGGGCUCCUCCAACCGAACCCUGACCAUUGCAUCGGCACCAGAUGCCGAUGCUUCAGCAUAUGCCUCUCCUCCUCGUUCGGAAGACAUAGCUACCGAAGAUAUGGAUGAAGAUAACGUUCAGGAGAUUGCCCCCCAAACAUCUCCGAUUAUCCAGAUUCAGCAUCUUCCUUCCAAGAGGGCCAGAACGACUGCUUCACCAAUCCAGCAAACAUCAAGCAUUGUGCAAGAGUCGCCAGUUAUCCCUCAAGAUGUUCUUCCCGACCCUGGUGUUUCCACAUUACCACUCAUAUCUUCUUCUGCACCAAUCACUAAUGAAGUUCCACGAAUUCAGGCAGCUAUGGAGCAAUCCAAAAGAGAUCUAGAAGCCAAACGGGAUCGCCUCAUCAAGGAACUAGAACAUGUAAACCAGGAAACUGCCGAUGUGGACAACAGAUUAUACCAGCUUCCAAUAGCUCUUCAGCAACUCGAAGUAGAGAAACAAGAACAAGCCCGGCAGACCUAUCAACUCCACAAGAGCAUCAAAACAAUACCAGGGUCUGCCGAGGCCAACGUUCAAGAGAUCCAGAUUGCUGAUGACAUUCACUUGCGUGCGAUCUCUGUAAUCCAGAAUGCCCUAGGACCCUCGUGA